AUGGGGAAACAUAUACUUGUCAACGGCGGCAGCACGGCCAUGGGUAUUUUUGGCAUCCAGUAUGCGAAUCUGUCUGGCUUUAGGGUCUUAGCCACGUCAUCGCCUCACAACUUCAACUAUCUUAAGUCGCUUGGUGCUGAGGCCGUCUUUGACUACAAGUCUCCCACCGUAUCAGCCGACAUUCGGGCUUAUACAAACAAUGAGCUGUCGCUGGCAUGGGACUGUCAGAGUACCGAGGAGUCUACCAUGAUGGUUGGCAACGCUAUCUCCACUGAAGGCGGUAUUAUCAGCAAUCUUCUGCCGGUAUCAGGGAAGAUGCUGCAGCGGACCAACCCGAAAGCGAGACUAGAGAUGACUCUCUACUAUUCCGUCUUCGGAGAGCGAUUUAGUUUCCUUGCUCCUUACGAUGCCAUCCCAGAGGAUCACGAAUUUGGUCGUCGUUUUUGGGAGUUGAGCCGUAACCUCCUUGAGCAAGGAAAGCUUAUCCCGAUUCGGACCAUCAAGAACCGUGGUGGAAGUGGUCUAGAGGGUGUUUUGAUUGGACUUAAGGAGUCAAAGGAAGGAAAACAGUAG